AUGGAGGAUUCCAGUGAUAACAUUAUCGCCUUUAAUUCAUCUGCUGCAGAUUCAGAGACGAAGACAGAGAUGGCCGUAAGUCCCGACAAACCUAAGGAUGUAUCUCAGAAUCUUUUCCCCGAGAGUCCGGUGUAUGAACCUGACGAUGAUGUGAAAUGCAUUGAGGAUGAUAGCAAUAUGAAUGACCAGGUUGAAAAAGAUGACAACCCCGUUCAUGCUAAACGGAAACUCUCCGAGGAAGCAUCUGAUAACAACGCUAAAAUACUUAAACUGGAUCUAACGGAGGACGAAGUAGCUGUGACAACACAAUGUUUAGAUGAUGAAGUGUCUGAGAUCAAUGAUAUAGGGAAGCAGAAUGUAGAACUACCUUCAACAUCACGUGUACGUACGCCAGUACGUUCUAGUCCUAGGAGGAACAAAAGAAGCAACAGCGUCGAAGUUACCCCCCAAAAACCAAAAACACCAAAAUCCAGAUCCGCCAGCGUCGAUGUCGCACCAAAAACUCCAAAAUCAAGAUCCGCCAGUGUGGACAUAUCUAAAGCUCAAACACCCCGCAAAGUACCGUUGGAUUUAUUAGCAGAAAAAGAUGUUGUCAUGAUUAAUUCAGAUGACGAUACAAGCCGACUGAGCGUGGAGUUCGUUAGAGAGAUACCAGCGCGAAAACUACCGGAAACUAUUCAAGAAGAAAGCGGCUCUGAAUUGAACGAUUCACAGAAUUUCCAUUUAAUUCUAUCACCCGUUGAGAAUUAUGAUUCCAAUGAUAAUGAGAAAUCUAAUGCGGAAACUAAUCAUGAUACUGAGAAAGUUAUCAAAGAUAGUGAAGUUAUUGAUGCUGGAAAGGUUGAAAAUAAAAAUGGUAGCGAUUACACCGAGAUGAGUACAUCUCAGAUACCAAAGAUUGAGAAAGAACGUGCGACCGACCAAGAGAGUACUGAUAGUAUAGGGUCUAUAGGUCUGGAUAGCCCUGAAACCGUUCCUAGCGUCGCUUCCAAACUAAUAUCCAAGCUAUCAAACGGAAACUCAUCCACACCGACAGACGUUAACGAUCCGGCACAAGAAAUUACCCCCGAUAUGAGCAAGCUGAAUGGGAAUAAGGGAAAGAGAGGGAAAAACGAAUCGUUCAGGGUUAGCAACACAACGACGCCGUCUACCAUAUCGCCUUUACAGAACGGACAUUCAUUGGCUAUUGGCACACCCCUGAUACCGGUGUUCGACGUACACGUGAGUCAUAACGAAGAUUGUGAGUUCCUAUCAUUGUAUGUGGUCAGAACUGAUAAUGAUGUCGGUAUGGAUAUGUGCAGGGAGUAUCAAAGGAUUUCUAAGAGGUUCACUAUAGAUCCUUACUUGGGUGACGUGUCGGUUAGUAAUUCACCAUCAAGCGUGACCAGUGGAGGUAUGAUGACUCUACCGAACAGAACGUCUUUCGCCUCAACUGUGAGCUCAUCUUCAUCAUCAACUCGCACCAGUGACGGGAACUUUGUAGUUCCGCCGCCGCCGAGGAAAUCCGUCUCCAACCCGACAACCACCGUAAAAGGUUACGAAGCACUGAUGAAGAAACUGCAAGACAUAUUUUCUCACAUAAGAGAUGCAUCCAUAGAAGCAAAUCGAUCUUUGGACGACAAAAUAUCCGUCGGCAUCCAAGCUUCUAUAUCCGAAAGCACCUUCAGCAACGGAAACGCCAGCCCGGAAGAGGUCAGCAAAUGUGAUAAAGCGACGCCAAAGAGCUCGCUGAAAAAAACAAGAGUGAGAGGCAGAAGACCGAUAGCGGGGAAAACUAAGAGAGCAUUACUGCCAACACAACACGAAGAAGCUGAGUACAUGCACGGAAUGAACUCACCGGAAAUGAUACCCAGCAAUGGAGAUACUGGGAAAAUAUCACCCAAAGAAGAAAAACCCGCCAUUGUAGGAACACCGAAGUCUGUUAGCAAGUUGAAACAAAAACGUAGACCAACUUCCCCAAGACCAGCAACUCCCGUUGAAAAAGCGAUCGUGAAACCCGAAUAUCCCGGUUUCGCUCCGGAUACGGUAGUGCUAGCCAAAUGGGUGGAUAAAAGAUAUUAUUCCGGAAAAGUAUUAGAAAUCACCGAGCCUAAUAAAUAUCUGAUUAAAUUCGAUGACGGUCAGAGCAAAGUUCUUUUAGAUGAUUUCAUAAUAUUCGGUGACAUGAAGAAGCUGCCACUACAAGGACAGUCAGUGUACGCACUCGUUGAUGAGGAGUUGAACUAUGAGCCGGGAUUAGUACUCGGAGUAGAGGAAAAUGAUAGCGGCACCGUCACUUAUAGAUGCACCACUGAUGGGGACACGAUAGUAGUGGUGACAGCCAGCGAGUUGUACCUGACCGAGGACCAGGCCAGGUCUCUGAAGGAGUCCCGGAGUAGGUCUCCAGCCACGCCUACCACGCCACGUAGGAGACAUCACAGAGAGUUAGACCUGGAUAAUAUUAUACAGGGCCCUCGCAGUGCAAGAAGUCGAGACAAAGGUAACUCCAGUGCUAGAAAACGAGUCGCGUCACCAAAAAGUCCGAAAGCAUCUACCUCAGGUGUCAAAACUAAGAGUAUAGCCCGUAAACGUCUGGCUAGUGAGAGUAGUGAGUUGAGUGAGAACAGUAACUCAGCGCCGGCGAGGAUUGAAGAAGUGGCCGGGGUGGAGCCCGAGGUACAGCGGACCCCGAGGAAGAUAGACGGAGUUAAGGCCGGUCCACUUCAAUUAAAAGGAGCGGCGAAACAGAACAUUGGCAAGAAGAAUUCUAAACUGACGAAGUUUGAAAACGAUGAAGAUACUAUCUCAGCGCUGGGGCCCAUACCUACUGAUAGUAAGAUGUUCGCUGGCUACUGCUUCCUACUGACAUGUACUGAACCACCGAAGAAAAAUAGAGUGACGGACAGGAAAGAGAAACAGACGAGCCAGGAGAGUCGUCACUACUCGUCGGAGGAGGACGGAGAGAGUACAGCGGCCGGCACCGACUGUGAGGACCUGGUGUUCUGUGAGCGACCUUACAACAAGGAGCGACUGAGGGAACAGCUGGACACGGCCGGCGGGGUGGUCUACAGUCAUUUCGACGACGUGCCAAAGACAAAGUACCAACAAUGCUAUCUAAUAUCUCCGCGUCCCUGUCUCACCGCUAAGUACAUCUCCUGCCUGGCCGCUGGCGUGAAGGCUGUGUCACAUGACUGGGUCAUACAAUCCUGCAUGGCGGGUCAUUUACUAGAUGUUGACUCGUUUGUACUACCAACUGGUUGGAGCUUGAAGAAAUCGUCGUUUGUUAACUGGACGUCAUCAUCUGGCAAAAGAAACACGACCUUCAAAGACAAGAUAAUACUUCUGUGCGGAGAUCAAGAUACAUUCGUCAAGUUCUGGGAGCGAGUCUGUACAUUGGCCGGCGCUACUACAAGAAUUGUUAAUGAAGAUAACUUAAACAUGACCGGGGCCAUUGCUCUAGUGACAGAGUGGGAUUGCCCGCAUGAAGUACAGAAUAAAGCCAACCAGGACAACAUACCACUGGUGUCAACGACCUGGGUGGUCCAAUGCCUAAUUGAGGGUAAGGUCAUUGCCCCCACCGCUUUGGACAAGUUCUCAUUUAUGUAUGCAGAGCCCGAAUGA